CUUACCAACGGCCACGCUUUGACACAACGGAUAGCAACUUAGUAUCCUAAAACACUUUAAAAGAAGAAAUAAGGCCAAUCUGCUAAACCAAAGCAAAUGGCAUCGCCGCGCCAGGAAGGCCAGAGCUCUAGCUUGAAAGUCCACAUGCUGCGGCUUACCCCUGGCCAGGAGGUGAAGACAAGCCUGGAGGAAUACGUUGCCAGGGAAGCCAAGAAUGGCGUCUUCGUCAUGACCUGUUGUGGCUCCUUGACCUCGGCCACCCUCCGCCUUGCCGCCAAUGAGGAGGGGGUCACGAACAAGGUGAAGACGUUCAAGCAGCACUUCGAGGUGCUGGGGAUGUCGGGCACCGUCGGCCGCGGGGGCACGCACCUCCACGUGUCUCUGUCCGACCACGACGGCCGGUCGUUCGGCGGCCACGUGGUGAGGGACCUCGUCGUGUUCACCACCAUGGAGAUCGCGCUCGGGGAACCCACCGGCCUGGCGCUGGGCCGUUCCGCCGACGCUGCCACGGGCUUUGACGAGCUUACCUUAACCAAAGUGUAGUGUUCGUUGUGCAGAGGUCAGUCUGACGUUUUGGCAAAAUAUUUUAAUUUUUUUUUUCUCUUAUUGCAUGUGUAGAAUUCAUAGCAAUAAACAAGCAUCUAGG